AUGAGCUCCGACGGAAAGAUCGAUGUCGAAAAGGCCACACGCUUUGGUGGUGGUCAGUCUGAAGUAUUGGUCGGAGAGGUCAGGGACAUCAAGAACGCUGAUGCUGCGCUGGAAUUUCUUCGAGACGGCGGGGAUGUCACACCUAUGACAGCGGAGGAUGAGCGCCUCUUAAAGCGCAAGAUUGACUGGCGAAUCGUUCCCCUCAUGUUUGCGUGUUACAUUCUCCAGUAUCUUAACAAAACCUUGAUCAACUACGCGAACGUCAUAGGGCUGCAGAGCGACACGAAUAUCACUGGCGAUCAAUACUCCCAACUGGCCAUGAUAUUCUACGUCAGCUAUCUAACAUUCGAGUUCCCUCACGCUUGGGGCAUGCAGAGAUUCCCAACGGCAAAAUACAUUAGGAUUAUAGUCUGCAUAUGGGGUACGGUAUUGGCAACUACAUCAGCCUACUAG